CAAGUUUGUUUCCUUCUCAGACUUGAGAGAGAGAGAGAGGGAGAGACGGAGAGAUAAGCUUAUUUUGGCUACAGCAGAAGACAGAGCAUGGAAGGCAUAUUUACUGGAAAAUUUGCAAGUGGGCAGUCAGUGUCAGAUGUGAAUAUUAUGCUGUUGGGCUCAACUGGAUCUGGAAAGAGCGCAUCAGGAAACACCAUCCUGAGCAGAGCUACAAAUCCAUUUGAAGAUGAUUUUUCUCCUGAGGCUGUGACCAAAAUCUGUCAAUCAGCACAAACAGAAGUGGAUGGACAAACAAUCAAUGUGAUUGACACUGUAGGACUCUCUGAUACAUCAGUGAAGAUUAAAGAUGCUCAAACUCAAAUAGAGCAGAUGUUUACACUUCAUAGUGUUGAUGUGUUUCUGCUGGUGAUCAAACUGGGUGAGACUUUCACAAAGAAUGACAGUAAAGUUGUGAAAUGGAUCUGGGAUAAUUUUGGAUCAAAGGCCCAAAAACACACAUUAGUGCUCUUUACUCAUGGAGAUCAGUUACAUGGGACAGUAGAGAGAUAUCUGAAUAAAUGUGAAACACUGCGGUCAGUUGUUGAUCAGUGUUCAGGAGGUUUUCAUGUUUUCAACAACAAAAAAGAAGAUCGAUUUCAAGUCUCAGAGCUUCUGAAAUACAUCAACAAACUGAGGAUGCAGAACAGAUACUGGAGAUACACUGAGCAAGACUAUAAGAAGACUCAGGAUGAACUACUUCACAGAAAAUGUGUUAUUGGAGCAGCAGUAGCAGGAGCAGGAGCAGGAGGAGGAGUAUUAGGAGGAAUAGUAGCAGCAGUAGGAGCAGCAGGAGCAGCAAUAGCAGCUAAGAUGGGAGCAGCUGCAUUAACUGCUGAACAAGCAGCAAUAUUAGGAGCAGCAGGAGGUGCAGCUCUAGCAGCAGUAGCAGUAGUGGGUGCUGGAGUGUAUUUAUUGUCAAGAAAAUAUACCCAUUGAUAAAAAUGAUAUAGAUGACAUUUAACAUCUAAAUCAGCGGCAUAAUUGAUGAUCUGUAUCAUGUUUUUCAAACAUGAGUAUUUUGGACCUUUGUUUUUACAUCGGGGUCCAAGCACGAAUGGAUGAUAAAUGAUCCAAAUGAAAUAUAUCUUAUGAUGUGCUUUUUAUAGCAAGGCCAUUUUGAAACUUCACUGAAAGAUCAUAUACAAGGUGUAUGUGUGGUGUCAAAUUCAACAUUGAAAUUAAGAUGAAUUGCAUGUCAUUGGAUGUCACUGGACAUUUUCAAAUGAAUAUAAACAUAUUUGCAGCUCAAAACUUAUUUUUAAUUUAAAAUGGUGCAUUUAAAACUGUUAAGCUUAAAUUCUAAUGUGAAAUGUGUAGAAUUGAAAUUAAAACCAAGUUUAAUGAAGUAAUCAUUUAAUAUUUUUGUAGAUUUAUUUUUGUAGAAAUUAUGAUAUAGCAAUAAUCACUGUUUUCUCCAGAGCUGCUGUAUUGAUAAAUAAACUAAAUUAAUAGCUAAUAAUUUUUACAACAGAAAUGAAUCAACACUGAACUUACUUAAGCUGGACAAUGACACUAUUUUCUUCUAGCUUCUGUACAACUGAAACAAACUUUGUUGCAUUAUUAUCACUGUAAAGCUGCUUUAAAACAGUCUGUAUUGUAAAAAGCCUUUAUAAAUAAAGGUGACUUAACUACAAACAGUCAAAAUUGAAAAAUCCUUGGGAUGCAGACAGAGGUAUAAAGUCCAGGGGUCAGAAAGUAAAAGUCCUGCCAUAUUUUUU